AUGAAAUAUGUGUAUCAUGAAAUAAAUGUUAGGCAAGAUCUAGCGCGGGAUGAUACUUACUUGAGAGAGAAGAAGAGGAUUUCGGAGUGUGUUGAGAGCGUGGUCAGAGAUCUCGCGUUCCAGCGAAGCCACGUCCUAGUUAUUACAGCCAAGCUGGAAUCCGUCACCACCAUGGUCCGCGAUCUCGUUAAUCUCCGCAACACAUAUACAACGGAGACAUUGACCGCAAGAACGGUCAUUGAGGCCCAAACUAUGAGGGUUAUUGCUCUACUAACGCUAUGUUUUCUUCCCCCUACCUUUGUUGCUGGAUUUCUGGAUAUGGGUUACAUUGGUAUCACAUCAGAAAGAGGCGCGCUAAAGUUCGAUCUCCAACCAGGACUUUGGUUUUAUUUAGAGAUUUCUUUGCCUCUUGUACUGGUCAUCAUUGUGACUUACUUGCUUUGGGACCGGCGGAACUCGCGUAAGGUAGCUCGCCAGGGGAGCUUUGUUUAA